CUAUGUAUCAGUUUUCCACUCAACAUGGGUUUCCUUAGGUGUCUCACAUUGUAAUAAAAAUAAGGGCAUACAUCAUCCUACAGCGUCCAUUUCAUUCAUAAUCUGGCAUUUCAGCUUUCUCUAAGAGACAAGUUUGGUUAGGACUGUAACAACUUAUUAUGAGAAGCCAAUGACUACUUUCAGUUCUUUGGGACAAAUCUAGAAAUACUAACCUCAAGAACAGCAUAUUGUUUGACUCUACCAAAAAGGGUAAAACUGUAUUGAACCAGGGAUUCUUCAAACAUCUUCCUUAUGUGUGGAUUAUCUCUGUAAAAGGUCCACAAAUUCUUCCAAGGAGGACCUGCAAUUUCUUUGCUACCUCUGUAUCAUGAAUACUGUUUUAAAGAAGUUAUUUGUAAUUCUUACAGAACAGAAGUGGGGGGACCUUGCAAACCAUAAUACCAAUUGCAAGUCUGGAUAGUCUGGCAUUAAAGUCAUUCAUUGGUUUGUGAAACAGGAUAUGAAAUUCUUUGGAUAGCCUUCUCCAUAUUGUUGACAGGACAGAUACCUACUUAAAUUUGCAGCUGAAUCAUACACAUUUCAGAAUUAAGACCCAUUGAGUUCAGUUGUUUCCAGGAAAAUGGGUGUAAGAUUGCAGUCUUCAGUCCUUUGAACAGACAAAAUAAUCUGGAAGACAAGGUGACAAACUCCCCAACCUCUGGACCAGUAUAUUUAAGACUGCAGAGGACAUCAGGUUAGCAGAGGCUGGGUUAGGAUUUUCAUUUACUUUAAGGCCUGCUUCUUUGCAUGAGCCCCCCAGAACUAGAUCCAAGUCUCUUGUAUGCAAACUGUGGAACUUGAGAGAUACUCCAGAAAUUCUUUAUCUGCCAACCUGUUAAAACCACCCAACAAUGUUCCACAAGAUAAUGUUUAUAGUCUGUAUGCUCACAUUAUCACCACCUCCCAGCCCUUGUAAUGAACAUUUUUCAGUUUGUCUUGAAUUGCCCUUACGGCCAAACAGCUAGAAGCACCACUCUGUAACCCAUAAGUUGCCCUGCGUUCUCAAGGCUUUGUCAGCAGUUGAUUCUUUAUAGGAAUUUUAGUUAUGUUAAGGAAGUUCAAACAAGAAGAUUCCUCUGGGGAUGGCGUUAGCACCAUUUGCAGCAAUUCAGAUCCACCACACCGUUCCGACUCCACAGAUGAAUUUACCACCUACUUUGAUCAGAAAGUGCCUAUACCUGAAGAUGAAAAGCACCAAUGGUUCAGUUUUCGAAAACUCUGGGCAUUCACAGGGCCUGGUUUCCUCAUGAGCAUUGCCUACCUGGAUCCAGGCAACAUUGAAUCAGACCUACAGUCUGGAGCUAUUGCACAAUUUAAGCUGCUCUGGGUCCUCUUGCUGGCCACUAUCAUUGGCCUGCUCUUGCAACGUCUGGCCGCAAGGCUGGGGGUGGUAACCGGACUUCAUCUGGCAGAAGUCUGCCAUCGACAGUAUCCCAAGGUCCCUCGGAUUAUCCUGUGGCUGAUGGUGGAGCUGGCUAUCAUUGGUUCAGAUAUGCAAGAGGUCAUUGGCUCAGCAAUUGCUAUCCACCUGUUGUCUGUUGGGAUAAUUCCUUUGUGGGGCGGAGUCAUCAUAACCAUCGCCGAUACCUUUGUGUUUCUCUUCCUGGACAAGUACGGGUUGAGGAAACUGGAAGCAUUUUUUGGCUUUUUGAUUACCAUUAUGGCCGUCACAUUUGGAUAUGAGUAUGUCACCGUGCGACCAGACCAGGGCAAACUGCUGAAGGGGAUGUUUAUGCCGUACUGUGAAGGCUGCGGCCCUGCCCAGCUAGAGCAGGCUGUGGGGAUCGUGGGCGCCGUCAUCAUGCCGCACAACAUGUACCUGCAUUCUGCUUUGGUCAAGUCUCGACAGGUGAAUCGGGCCAACAAGAAGGAGGUCAGCGAAGCCAACAAAUAUUUCUUCAUAGAAUCAUGUAUUGCCCUCUUCAUUUCCUUCAUCAUCAAUGUGUUUGUCGUCUCCGUUUUUGCUGAAGCUUUCUUUGGGAAGAAGAAUAUUGAUGCGCAUCUAAUCUGUGCAAAUAAAACUUUUGCUCAAGCUGGGCUGUUUCCAGCAAACAAUGACUCACUUGAUGUGGAUAUCUAUAAAGGGGGUGUCAUCCUGGGAUGUUACUUUGGUCCUGCUGCUCUCUAUAUCUGGGCUAUCGGGAUUCUUGCUGCAGGUCAGAGUUCAACAAUGACUGGAACUUAUUCUGGACAGUUUGCCAUGGAGGGGUUUCUCAAUCUGAAGUGGUCACGCUUUGCUCGGGUGGUUCUGACUCGUUCCAUUGCUGUCACUCCAACUCUUCUGGUAGCCAUUUUCCAAGACGUGGAGCACCUGACUGGCAUGAAUGACUUCCUCAAUGUUCUUAUGAGUUUACAGCUUCCUUUUGCUUUAAUCCCAGUCCUCACAUUCACCAGUCUGCGUCCUGUGAUGAAUGACUUUGCCAAUGGCCUAGGCUGGAAGAUCGCCGGGGGGAUCCUCAUUCUUAUAAUCUGUUCCAUUAACGUUUAUUUUGUGGUGGUCUAUGUAACUGCCCUGGAUCAAGUGGUAUUAUACGUGUGCGCUGCAGUUAUCAGCGUUUUCUACCUAGCCUUCGUGGCAUACUUGACUUGGCAGUGCUUAAUUGCUCUCGGGGUCUCCUUCCUGGCCUGUGGGCACACGUAUCAUCUGGGACUCACUGCUCACCCAGAACUCUUCCUCCUCAACAACGUGGAUGCUGCCUCAGUCAUGAGUAGUUGAAUCCCUCUGCCCCACAGGAGGAAGAGUGUGACUUUUGGAAGAAAAGGAGCAAAGGAAAGCCCUCCUGUGCUGCACAGAACCAAACUGGGAUUGGUUCCGAAAUAGGAGCGUGCAGUCAAGAGCUGCAGCUCGAGUCGGACCACAAGGGGAAGGGGAGUGGGGAAAGCGGCGGUACUACUCGGGGUUGUCUGGUACACUGUCUGGAAAGGAGGCGCCUUGAGAGGUUGCACCUAACUCAACUGUGAAGGUUCAUUGAGGGCUACUGACAAAGUGUGUGCAUCAUCACACACUCUGAGGGGGACAGGGGUGUUUGCAAUGGGGACAGGUGGGCAUUCGUUGGUGUGGGUCACCGCAAAAAGCAGAAGGUUUGCAUCUGGGAAGAACAUUUCGUGAAAGGAGGGUGCGGUCUUCCUCUUACGCCAUGCAAGGUCUUCCUCCUCGCACACAACUCAUCACCCAAGCUGUUUUUCUCCUGCUGGGUUCUUUCAGGUCUCGGCCCACCUGGGGGGCAGGGUGGAUGGUUUGGAGACGUUUUGUGCUGGGGGUGUGGCAAGCACCCCUUUCUGCCAUUGCUUUACAGGUCUUUGGCAGUGAGCCAUAUUUCAACUCACUUGCCACCAUCACCUGUAGUCUAGACUGACAGUCUUGUUUUUAGGUCUUUUGAGGCUUUAAAUUAAGAAAAAUAGGUUGGUGCUCUUACAGAUUUCUGUCAAGGUACUGAGGAAUCCACUAAGAUUGGGCAUCCCCUCCUACCUCCAGAUUCCUGCAACACUGAGGGAGAUUAUUAUAGAAUUAAGGAAUAACCUUCUUGACAUGUGGGUACCCUACGAUUGGGUAGUGAGUGAGUGCAAAUGCAAAUCGGAAGGAACUCUGAAAUGUAAAACGACAGAGGAAAGAAACACUAGUCGGCAUCGUUCAGCAGGAACAACUUCUGCACAGGCUCCAGCAAGAGGCCACCUGGGAUAUUUUUUGUUUUGAAAGGCUGCACAGAAAUAUUUAAACAGGAAAAAAGUGAAUGGAAGGUGAGCCAGAACGCAAGUUCAGGCCCCUUGUAGAAGUGGGACAGAAUACUGACUUGAUAGAUUUGCCGGGACAGUUUAUCAAUUAAGUUAUGUGUUCUGCCUGAAGAGAAAUCCCUUGUGACUCCUGAUCUUUCCCUUGUCCAGCUCUUUGCCCCUCCACACUUCCGGCUCUAAAAUGUUUCAUUCAUCUCUCCUUAUGCAUGGCAAUGUUCCUUGCAUUCAUGUGAAGCAAGAUUUUUCUCAUUUUAAGGUUUUCUGCCUGUCUCUGCUUUCAUUUGGUACUUGUGCAUGCAUUCUAAAUGCAGGAUCAAUUAGAAUUGAAACCAGUCUAAAACCAACAUGUUCACAUAUUUUGUUGGCAGAUUUGCCCUUUCCCCCUCCCUCAUUCUCUUUCCCUUAAGCCAACUGUCAGUCCUACUUUUCCAGAAACGGCUGCACGAACACAGGACGGUGGAAUCUAAGGGAAGAUUUAAUCAUAAAUUUGUACAACUCAGGCUUAAGAGCACAAUCACAUUAAUGGCUAUCUGGGGGAUUUUUCUGUUUGCAAUGCAUAAUAAUGGAAGAGCAGCCAUGCGGGAUCAGACCAAAAGUCCAUCUAGUCCAGCGCGUGAUACACGCAGUGGCAAAGCAAGUGCCCACAGGUUCCCUCAAGCAGGAGGGUGCAAGACCUCCACCUACCCUGGCUCUUCAGCAACUGGCAUGCCACCUCUGGUGAAGGAGGUGACAUAAAGCCAGCAAGGCUAAUAGCUCCUGGCCGCCGCCGCCUUUAUUAAUCUGUCCAGUCUUUUUUUAAAGUCAUCCAGAUUGGCGGCCAUCACCACUUCCCAAGGCAGCAAGUUCCAUAGUUUAACUACACACUCUGUGAGGAAGUGCUUCCUUUUAUCUGUUCUAAACCUCCCACCAGUCAGCUUCUUGGGGUGAACCUGGGUUCAAGUAUUCUCCACAGCAGGCAUUAUUCUAAACACAGCAAGCAUAGAAUUGCACCUGGAGCCAAUUUAAUGGCCAUGGCUUCCUCCAGAGAAACCUGGUGGUCUGAUUUUGAGAAUGUGCUUGGGAUGUGGAAUGGUUAGUUGCUGCUAUUAGACAUCCAUCACCCCUUCAGUGCAGGUGCCCCAGCGGUCUAGGAUACUGUGAACCUCCCCACCCAAGGGAAAAAAGCCCCCAUGGCGGCUCCAACCAAGCAGGCAUUCCAGGGCCAUAACAGAGUAGGAUAGGCCUUCACCUUCCCUGGAUAUGCCCCAGAAUGGAGGGGAACCAUGCUAGUCCUUGGCUAGUCAUUUUCCACCCCCACCCCCCGGACCAAGCUGUGUGCCUGUGGUUGCGAUUCAGGACAAACUAGUGAAAAGGACAGAGGUGAGUCUUGAAGCCACCACUCCACACCUGCCUCUUGUCCUGGCAGAUCCAGGGAGCUGCUCCAAAACUAAAGUUUCUGGGCAUGAACAGACUGACGCUGAGGCUUUGCUCAUAGUUUCUGUAUCCUGAACAUUUCUUUCAUCUGUGGGAUGGCUUUAAAAAGAUGCCAGCUGCUACAGUUGAAAAGCUGCUGCUUUGGGUGGUUUUCUCACUCCAGGCCUUUAUAGGUCCUCGCCUGCUCACUUCCAACCACAGCUGCCCAUGUGCAGCUGCCUGUGUUCCCACUGAGUUGGUGUUUAUUCCCUGUUUCUACAUUUGUGCGCUGUAUAAAUACACACAAGAGCCCUUUUCAGGUUUGCACUUAAGAGUUUGCCUAAAAUACUACAGACAGCAAAGUCUCAACUCGACUGACUACUUUAGCUCACACCCAACAGACGGCAACUAACACACUGUAUCUGAUUUAUUAGCUAAACCCUCAAAUAAUUGUUACAUUAAAGGUACAAUCCUAUUGCGAUCUAAGACCUCUGAGGUGGAGAUUUCACUCACCCUGUGCAGGGGAAGGGGAACUGUGGGGGCAGCUGCCACCUCCCUGUCUUCCUGGUCCUGCAUUUUUGCUAGACUCUUAUCCCGGUCUCCCUGGCCCCCCUUCACCAGGACACCCCCUUUCCACACUCUGAGCUUCUGUUCUCAACUUUGGAGAGCAGCUGUGGUGGGUGGGGGGAGGUCCAGAGAGCUGGUUCCCACCUCAGAUGUUCUCUGGGGGCCAUAGGAUUGCUCCCUUAGCUUUGUGACUUAACAGCGCAUGCACAGCUCCAUUUUUAACCAUUUCAGACUUUCCAGCUUCUUCCUGCUUUCAGUAGCUUCCCUUUUAUUUUUCAUAGGCAAUAUAAACUGCACAAAAUAAUUCCGGGCUGGGGUGGAAAGGCUAUUGAGAUUCCACAGAAUCCUUGAGACUGAGCAGAGUUGUUCUUACCAUAGAUGCUGAAGAUGGAACCAACUGCUGCAUCUUGACUGCUAAAGCAUCCCCCACCCCUUAAAUCCCAAGAUUUCUGCUGUCAUGCUCAGAGUCAGACACUCCUUCAUCAGUGGAGCUCUUGACCAUGGAUAGUUCCAUAAAGUUCAAAAUUAAUGCCACAGUGGAUAAAGAGCCCCAUUGACAGAGGGGUUGCCAACCUUCCCUACACAUGUGACAAGGUGUCUGCAGGAAAGACUAGUAUUCACCUAUUUUGCCGUUGUUUUAGUUUGCAGAGUGCAUCCUGGCUCCAUAUCAGUUGUCUAGACACACCCAGUGAUGUGGUACUACCUGGUGCCAAGACAGCUCCUGAAGCAGUACGGACAUCCACAUGUUAAUUUCCCCCUUUACGCUACAGUUUGCACUUUCUGAUGGUAUCAUGGCCCUCAUUCUAGAACCAAGCUGGCGAUUCACCCUAUGGCGAGCAGCCUACAGCUCAAUGCGCCAUUUAACUUACCAUUGAGCCCCACUGGAGUCAGUGGCAAUACCUUCUGAGUAGAAAUGAGACUGCAUGGGUGCUACUGCUGUUCUGCCUUCUCAUACAUUAGAUGGGACAAGGUGGGUGAAUCAAGACCCACACAGUGUCAGAACCCUUACACCUGGGCACGAGGAAAGUGUCUUCAGGCUUGCUCACAAGAGGUAUGUCUGAACUGAAUAUGGUGGCAGUGCUCCCAGACUGACCCAACUGCUUAAAAAGAGUUGCUUCUAUCCUCACCCCAGAAUGUUUACAACUGUGUUACAAAACAUCUGUCAGAAACUGCCCUUUGGUGUUGGGGAGCUUUAAAAAUAUAUUUGCAAUCUGUGUUCUGUUACGAAACCCAUUUUCCCUCCUGAUUCUUGUUAUUUUCAUUUUAGAUCAGGCACUAAUUCAUUUUAAAGGUACCAGUCAUUUGAUUUGGUGUUUAUUUGUUUCAAUAGAGGUCCAGACUUUCAAAUAAACAUGUCAGCUACA